AUGUCGUUGAGUACUGUUCGCGACAGCCCCGCCGAAGGUCUCGCCCUCGGUGUCGUCCGCCUCUCGCCUGCUCCGAAGACUCGCGAACCCAAGCUCGAAGAACUGAGCCGCCUCGACGGUAUAAACACGGAUGCAACCGAGGCCCCAAGCCUAACGUUUGACGACGCCGUUGAGUGGGCAAAGGGACUGAGAAAAAUCGAUCCUCCAUUUGUGACGCUUCCCAGACCCUGGUCCUGA